AUGGGGUGGCUUUCUGAGAAUGGGGUCGGUCCAUCUCAGUGCUGGCCGCUCGGCUGCCCUGCUGUGAGCCUGGAGACCCAGGACGUGUCCCGGCAGGACACAGUGAGUGACAGUUGCUUCAGGAACCUUGCCGAGGAUCGUAGUGGGAUUAACCUUAAAGAUCUGGUCCAGGACCCUUCUUUGUUGGGUGGGACUAUAUCUGCAUACAAGAUAGUGCCAGACGAAAUAGAAGAAAUCAAGGAGACGCUGAUAGAUUGGUGUGAUGAAAAGGAGCUUAAUUUGAUUUUAACAACUGGAGGAACAGGGUUUGCACCACGAGAUGUCACUCCAGAGGCCACUAAAGAAGUAAUAGAGCGAGAAGCCCCAGGGAUGGCCCUGGCAAUGUUGAUGGGAUCACUUAAUGUUACUCCUCUGGGCAUGCUCUCUAGACCUGUAUGUGGAAUCAGAGGGAAAACUCUCAUAAUUAAUCUGCCAGGUAGCAAGAAAGGGUCACAGGAAUGCUUUCAGUUUAUACUGCCAGCCCUACCUCACGCCAUUGAUCUUUUGCGGGAUGCCAUUGUAAAAGUAAAGGAGGUGCAUGAUGAACUUGAAGAUCUACCUUCACCACCACCUCCUCUCUCUCCUCCUCCAACCACCAGCCCUCACAAGCAGACCGAAGACAAAGGAGUACAGUGUGAGGAAGAGGAGGAAGAGAAGAAGGACAGUGGAGUUGCGUCAACAGAGGACAGUUCCUCUUCACAUAUAACUGCAGCAGCCAUUGCAGCUAAGAAGCAUCCAUCCUACACCCGUUCAGCUGUUAUCAUGGCAAAAGGUGAACAGCCCAUUCCUGGUCUCAUCAGUUCUUGCCAUCACGCGGCAGGCAGUGCAGAAGAACUGAUUCCAGAUUCCAUUAUCUCUCGUGGCGUUCAGGUGCUCCCACGUGAUACAGCCUCCCUCAGCACUACCCCUUCAGAAUCGCCUCGUGCCCAGGCCACUUCGCGUCUCUCCACUGCGUCCUGCCCAACACCAAAACAAAUUAGACGGCCGGAUGAAAGCAAAGGAGUUGCUAGUAGAGUUGGAUCCCUCAAAGCUCGGCUCCCUUCGUGCUCAUCCACCUAUAGUGUUUCUGAGCUCCACUAUAGGUUGGAAGGGCUUAAAGAUGAACUCAGGAGGAAUAGAGGCUACAACUCGAGAGUCCAGUCCAGGUGCAGCAGCAAGGAGAAUAUCCUCAGAGCAA